GGUGACGUGACGGUUGCAGAUUUCCUCAGAUACAUGGUCGUCACGCGACUCCCGCCGAGUGUUAGGAGGAGUCUUGUAGCGUCAUGGUUGGCGCGGAGGUCUUUAAGGCAUUACGUCAUCAAAGGGGUGGUGAAUGAAAAGGGGGGGGGUGACAGACAUGGUCACGUGUCUCGCUGUAAUCAGUAAACAGUUGUUGUUAGAGAGUAAACACCAGCGGAGUAUGUCUCCAACCAUUUGUGUUUCGGUUUGAGUUCAAUUCGCAUGUAAGUAUUCGACCAUUUUUAUGAUUCCAUUGUUAUCAAUAGAAUAUUGCGAGUAACAAUGCGUUCCGAUGUUGUUGUUUUCAUUUACAAUUUUUUUUUUUUAAAUAUGAAGGGUAACAAUUUGAUCUCAUUGAGGAAAUAAGUGAAGACGUUAAGGUUACAGCGAAUGACCUUAACCUUUUCUGUUACAGUCUGAAUGGCGGAGGAAAAUACUACUUUCACUAUUCUUAACUAGACAUGAACUUACAGUUUCACAUAAUUCCUAUGUCUUUUCAUGAUCAUCUAGGACAAAUACAUAAUAAAGAUAGAUAUUUAUAUUUUUUAACUCGCGUGUUAAAUCAAAAGCAUAGACACAUGAUUUCGGUUAUGUGUUAUUUUUUAAUUAUUAUGUGAGAAUAUGUGCUCAAGCCAAUGAUAGUGUUCUCAUAUGUAAAGAUGUGUGACAUAUAAAUGUUAGGCACAAUAAAAUUAGUAGUUUCAUCGUGUGAAUAAGAUACACAUUUGAAAUUCUUAUUAACAAUAAAGACUGAUAUAAAAGUAUUUAAUCUCUGUCACAAAACUUGUCACAAAAUGUGUCAUUUCAAUCGACUUCCACACAUAAGACCCGGGCUCGAGUCCAGGUUGACCUCUUUAUUUACAACAUUUCAUGAUUUUGAAUCAAAAGUAAAAACAUAUUUAAAAAAUCAAAAAAAAAUCAGUUAUUUCCAAAUGAAUCUAUAUAAAGGUCUAUAAUUGUAUACAUCUAUAACAUUUUCAUUAUAAAUUUAUAUAUUUGACAGUUUGAUUCAAUUCGUAAGAAAUGUGCUUAAGUUCAAAACAUUAAUAGAAUUGCAAUAAAAUGAGGUAGAUUUUUGCCCAAGAAGGGAAGGUGCCAAAUAAUAAGAUAAAAUAUAACAUGUCACAAUAUUAUUACAAUAUCUUUUUUAAAUAAUUUUCGGUAGUUGCUCAGAUUCUAAAUGUGACCAACGCAGCAUAAUGCCAAGGACGAAGGUCAUCAUUGCAGGUCCAAAGUCCAGCGGGAAGACAUGCCUGGCCCUCAUCCUGACCAAGAAGCCCUUUCCAGAUACCUAUGUUCCAAUUGUCUUUCAACCCCAAGUUUUUGACGUGACCGAUGGUGCAGAACAGGUAUCUCAAUUAAUAUCAUGUAAGAUGUAUUGGAAACAGAAUCUGGCGAAAUGUAAUGUAGCGACUAGCAUGUUUCAAUUAAUAUCGUGUAAGAUGUGAUGGAAACAGAAUCUGGUGAAAUGUAAUGUAGCGGCUAGCAUGUUUCAAUUAAUAUCAUGUAAGAUGUGAUGGAAACAGAAUCUGGCGAAAUGUAAUUUAGCGGCUAGCAUGUUUCAAUUAAUAUCAUGUAAGAUGUGAUGGAAACAGAAUCUGGUGAAAUGUAAUGUAGCAGCUAGCAUGUUUCAAUUAAUAUCAUGUAAGAUGUAAUGGAAACAGAAUCUGGCGAAAAUUAAUAUUGCGGCUAGAAUGUUUCAUUUAAUAUCAUAUAAGAUGUUAUAGAAACACAAUAAGGCGAAAUGUAAUGUAGAGGCUAGUAUAUUUCAAAUUAGUAUCAUGUAUGAAGUUAUGAAAAAACAAUCUCACGAAAUAUAUUAUGCAGUGACUAGUAUGUUUCAAUUAAUUUCACUUUUAGGCCAAAGCGUGUCACAGCUAGGACAACAGAAAGAUGAAAAGAAACUUAACACCGUGUUUAGUACUUUAGUCUUUUUAUUUUAUCAAAACUUAAUUGUAAUGAGCGAUUGGAACUAGCCCGCCAUACACUGGUGGCGGCAAUACGUGAAAUUCCCAUCUUCUAAAAAUUAAUUGAUAAAACAUGCGUUCAAGUAACGCAUUUUAUAAGAGUCCCAAUAAAAAUAAUACUUAGAACCAGAUAUAUAUACCCAGACAUAAAAAACAAUCCUAUUUAUUUGAUCAGAUUUAAAUAGAGUCAAUUUCCGUCAAAUAAGACACCCAGUCAGUGUUUUAGAGCAUCCCAGUUUAUGGUGUGCACCUAUUGAACACAAAUGGGCGCACUGAUGAGUGCGGUUUAUUUUAAUGCGCUACUGAGCUCAGCGAAUGUUGACAUUUCUUGCCAGUUUGCUACUGGCUCAUAUUAGAAUGUUAACCUACCUGGCCAGUUCGUUGUGGGUGAGUAUAUACAAAAACCACACACAAAAAAAAACAACGAAAACAUUUUCUUGUGUUUUCUCAGCACGAAAUCGUAUUGGAAGUUAUGGACGAGACGGAUCUCAAAUCAGCGAUAGGACCCCAAGAAGUCAACGUGAUACUGUUGUGCAUUGGCGUCAAUGACCCGAAAGGAAUCACCAGAAUGGAACUGUGGGUCCAUAAGGUCAGUAUAUUUCCUUUAUUUAAUUGUAAGUUUUUUUUAAUCUCCGUGUGUCAAAAAGAGUUAAGGAAAGAAUAACAUUAUUUUAAGCAAAUAUACCAUUGAAAUAAUCACUAGAUAAUGUUAAAGUGAAAAAAAAAAUGGUGGUUCAAUGUAAAUUGUAUUUCAAGAGAAUCGCACCUAUCAAGCAAGCAUUUGGAUUUAUUUCAAAAUUUGAAAAUAAAAAUUAUUCAAAAAUGGUCACUGUGGUUCUCAACCUCCCCAGUGCCGCGACCCUUUAAUACAGUUCCUCAUGUUGUGGUGAGCCCCCAACGAUAAAAUUAUUUUCGUUUCUUCUUCAUAACUGUAGAAUAUAUGUGUUUUCAAAUGAUCCCCGGCAACCCCUGGGAAAGAGUCGUUCGAUCCCCAAAGGUUGAGAACCGCUCCUGUAGCCUAACCGUUUUUUUUUUGUUUUUUUAAACUCUUACAUUUAAAUACAUUGAAAUAUUACAUUGACAUAUUUGAAAUCGUACAUUAAAAUAUAUCAAAACUUAAAUUGAUAUAUUUAAACUCGUAAAUUGAAAUAUCAGAAGUCUUACAUUGACAAUACUUGAACUGUUACAUCGAAAUGCAAAAUCUGAAUUAAAACCAGGGGCCAGAAUGAUCAACAAAUUGAUCGUGGGCCCCUCAAAUAUAAGAAGAAGAAGAAGAAGAAAUAUUUUUUGGUGAUUAUCACAAACAUUAUUUUUAAGAGUGAUGUUUUUGAUUUCAGCUGAAAACUCUGUUCACCAACUCACGUCUCAUUUUAGUGGGGACCAAAUGUGACCUAGAGAGAGCGCCAAACUCUUCAGCGCUGGCCAGAGCUUAUGAUAGAACCAUGGCUGACAGGUAAGUACUUGACUGGAAACGACUAAUCGAUACAUGAGACACGACCGUUAAGUUGAAUCCUAAGUCUGUCAGACGUUUUUCUUAAGAAAUCUGUACAAAGUCUAAUUUACUUUUCUUUUAAGGUCAAAUGUUUGUUUUUUUUGUUUCUUUUUAAAUGUGAUCUUUUAAUCAAACCCUAACCUACUGUUAUUUACACAGACGGCUUGUGUGUUUAUCUUAUUUAAGCUUGAUCACAGUCAAACCCUCUUUUAAAUAGUUCAUAUCUAUCUAGGUCAAUCAGAUUCCAUAAGCCGGAUCAAUUUUAUGAACAUGUGUGACCAAUAAAUAGGAAUACAUAAAUUCUUCGACAUACCAUAAAAUAUCUAUAAGAAUAUGUUUUUUUUAAUAGGGUGCGGGUUCAGGGCUGCCACAACUUGGGAAUUUUCCCCAAAUCUUGGGAAUUCACUACCAUAUUCAGGACCAAAACUCAAUUAUUUUUUUUUAAAUUCCCAAGAUUAAAAAAAAACAACUCUUAUAUAUUUUCAUGAUCUUGGGAAAUCUUGGGAAAUAUUUUGACAAAAUCUCGGGAAUUAUAAAGCAAUUGAGUGGUAGCCCUGUGCGGGUGGCUUCUGGGAUUACUUUAAAAGACAAAGAUAGAAAGAACACAAGUUAAGGGUAAACUAUGGAAAAGGAAACAUGAAAAAAAAAAAAAAAGACAACGAAAGUUUCGGUCAAAAGCCUUUCACCAGAGAAAAUGACAAAUAAAAUCAACAGAACUCCUUGGCUUUGGAGCAGAGCGAAGUCUGAGUGGAAACUGUCACAUGAUAAAGAACAGAGAAGGUUUUCUUUGUGGGCAUGGAACCUAUCAAUCAUCAAACUUCAUUAACUAUUUUGUGGGCAUGGAACCUAUCAAUCAUCAAACUUCAUUAGCUAUUUUGAAGGUUUCUAAUUCUACACACAAAAAAAAAAUUAUAAUAAUAAAUUACUGUUUUGAUAACGCCUAACUCUAAAAAGAAAAUACGAACUUUGAAGAUGACUUAUUCUGCUAGCUUUUCAUUAUUUUACAUGUGUAUUAUAAUGUAUUUCAGCCUAAGACUUUCAACUCGAUUCAAAUAGACUGAAUGCCCCAUUACAUUUCUAUGUUUAAGGGACAUGAAAAAAAAAAGUCAUUUUUAAAUAAGUAUUUUAAAUAAUGAUAUUAAUUUUUUUACAGUAGAAAUGAUGGUUAUGCUCUUUUUAAAAGGAAUGUUUUGGUAACAUUAUGUUCAUGUUUUUUAAAACAUUUAUUAAAGAUAUCGCUAACCCUCCUAAUUUUUUAAAAAUCAUAUAAGAUCUGGCAAAGUAUAAUAACAACAAAAGGAUAUUUCUUGACUUUAAAAAAAAUAUGUAUCAAUAAAACAAAAUACAUGAGUGUCAACGAUAUCUAUGCCUGGUUAUUGGGUUGAAGACCACAAUCAGUCAUGUACCAACAUACCACUAAUAACUGAAAACCUUAAAAGCGUCCUUUAAUUAUUUUGUUAAAUAAUAAACAACUGUAACGGCAUUUCUACUAUAAAGUAGUCUUGAUGAACACACAAACAAAAAAUCACACUGAUUUAUAUCACGUAGCAAUGUUUAGAGGUCUUUAGAGACAGAUUAAAAGGAACCAAUUGAAUCUUUGAUACACUGUUGCUCCACAGUCAGAGAACCUCUGCCUACGUCGAAUGCUCGGCACGAACGCAAUAUGGAAUCUCCGAUCUUGUCAAGGCUGUCCUUGAACCCGCAGUCACCAAUGUGACACCCACCUUUGCCAGCAAGGUCAUGGAUCUGUGUUUAAUACAGUAGCCGUUAUCUGAAACGGUUCGGUUCAUGUUUGUGUUCAGAUUCAAGUGGGCCUACACAAGACUUCGACUUGAUUGAUUAUUUUAAUAUGACUAAAGAAAAAAAAAAGUCUACUACUGAGGCGUUCAUGCUGUCGUCGUCUUCAGCUCUCUGUGUGGCUGGAGCUUGAGACUCGUGUUUAGGUUCUCCGUUGUCAGUGUAUUGGAAAGUAUCUAAUUAUCAAAUUAUGACACAAGCCGAAUGCCAAACCCUCCUGAGCAACCCCUAAAAACAUGGCUCUAAAUUGUUUGCACAAGUGACUGAUGAACAAGUCAUGCACAACUUAGAGGAUGUUUUCGAAGUAUUGAGUUUUUUUUUUAUAAUUUUUAAAUCACAUAAAAUUGCAGUAAAUAAAAUAGUAGAGUUGUAUAAUUUCCUAGCACAAAGACAUAUACGAAGUAGUAGACUUCUGCUAAGUGAAUUAUUCCAAAGUUCAAGUAUAUUCAAGACAAUUGACAAAGUUGAACAUUUUUAUCUCAUUCUUCACAUAGCCAAGAACUAUAAAGUAGAGGCAUCGUCCAUAUUACCAUAUGAGAGGUGAACUCGGUGAAGUUCAUGAACUUUUGUAUCUGAAACAAAAACAGCU